GCGAAAGCUCCUGCGCCCGACUGCGAUCAUUGAUUUCUUUGUCGAACGCUCGCCAUCCAACAGCUCCUCUACCUCUUCGUCCGAGAAUCACCAAGAUGCGACCUUCACAAGCGUUCAUGAUGCAGGCCACCAAGGCCCUGCGCGGACACGGUGCCGACCCAAAAAAUGGCGUAUAUAUGGGUUGGUGGGGAAACCUAGGUUCACCAAAACAGAAGGGCAUCAUCACAUAUUCCGUCUCACCAAACCGACUGAAUCCGAUGGCCGGAGCCUACAAAGCUGCCGUGUUCAACACCUACCGACGCACAUACAACCAGAUCCUCUACUGGCUUCCUCCUAUGGUUCUCGGAUAUUACCUAAUGGACUGGGCUAUUGAGAAAAACGAAUACCUGAACUCGAAACCCGGACGAUUGGCCGCAAAGGAGGAAUGAGCUUGGUGCCAGAAGGUGCUGAUUGAUAAAUGCAAUAUUGUACAUAAAGCGGGAGAGAAAGGAUCCAAUACCGAAAGAUACCAUUGCUGAAAG